CCCCGGACGCGUGCUGAUGACUACUUAAAUGUGAAACGCUGCUUUUCCCCCUUGCCUGACAUGCUCCUGUGAAGUAUUAAAGCUUGAGAGACAUGAUGGCCAUGAAUCAUCUGAGCCUGCUUCGUCCUCUGCUGUGUCAGUCUCUGGUACGACAUGUCAGGUGUCCCCUCGCGGCCACCACCAGAGCCCCUAUUCUGCUCCCCAACACCACCUACUACCCUGCUGCGUGCGCCCGGCUUUACGCCACCAAGAAAGCAAAAGCCAAGGCAAAGGGCCAGUCAGCUAAGAUGAAUAUUAACUCGGCUCUGGUGGAAGACAUCAUCAAUCUGGGUGAAGUGAAGGAGGACAUGACAGCUGUUGUCAAUGCACUCAAAGAUGACUUCACACGCAACCUCAGCAUUCGAACCUCGCCAGGAGCUCUGGAUCACAUUGUGGUGACAACUCAAGAUGGGAAGUUCCCUCUCAACCAGCUGGGUCAGAUCUCCAUGAAAUCACCUCAGUUCAUUAUGGUCAACAUGAGCGGCUUCCCUGAGGCUACAGCGGCUGCCGUCCGUGCUCUGAGAGAGAGUAGCAUGAACCUAAACCCAGAGGUGGAUGGAACGAUCAUCAAGGUGGCCAUUCCCAAAGUAACACGAGAACACAGAGAGAACCUUUCCAAGGUGGCCAAACAGUUGAGCAACAAGGCCAAAGACUCGCUAAGGAGAGUGAGAUCUAAUGCCGUCACAGAGGUCAAAAAGGCAAAGGAGGGACACUCAGAGGACAUCAUACGUCUCAUAGAAAAACAGAUUCAGCAGAUGGCCGACAACAUAGCAGCGGACAUUGACAAACAGCUUGCAGCCAAGACCAAGGAGCUGUUAGGCUGACUGGAACCAUUAAAAGAAACGGACAGAUCUUAUUUUUGAUUGUUAAUCAUUUGGUUAUAGCUGUACAGAUGUACGUACAGAUGGACACACUCAACAGCAGCAACAUGUCAUUUGGAUCAUGUUGACAAUGGACAUUUACUGGAUCACAAUGGGGGUAGUGUUUGAGUCUUGUUCUCAUGAUGAGCGAACUAGUCUGAAAGCUUCACACAGAAGACAGAGUCUGGUUCCUGUUUGGGUUCCCUUGGCAAGCACUGGGCUUUGGUGCCUGCCCACAUCACCGGCAAGGCUCUGCUCUUCACUGCUGGGUGAUAUCUGUGUUUAACCAUCAGUACAUAAACAGAAAUUGGCACGGAAACAACUACAGCGACAGACUGCCAGUCACCUCCCUCCUCCCUUGUUACUCUUCCUGUCUUCAAACAAACACCAAGCGGGGGACGAAUGGACUUUUAAUGGGAUUUGUGGGCCUCCUCCUAAUCAAACCCCUUGCCACAAGGACUGUCUGUUUAUAUAAAACAAGCGCACCCGUCUAAAUGUAAACUGGCUGUGGGUUUGUCUUGGUGGCAAGAGCGAGAGAAAGGGAGAGAGGGAGUUUGUUCCAGAGACGCAGGAGCCGGCUGAGCAGAUAUCAUUAGCGUGUUGCCAAACAUUUGUUUCGCAUUGAUUAAAAAAUGCACUUGAGUAAAAAAAA